AUGGUUUAUAAAAACAAUUGCAAAAAAACUAUUGAACAAAAAGAAGAUGUUUCUUUAGGUAGAAUUGUGGCAGAAUGUUGCUCUCUGCAAGAAAUACUUUUUAAAUGUAUUUCUUGCAGAGAGCAAGAAGAUAAAAAUUUAUCAAGAUUUGACGAUCAAAAAGUUGCAAAAAUGAAUAACACAAUAGCUUUAAAUAUAGAAGAACCUUUCAAAUCAAUAUUGAUUUUAUCUCUUUGCUUGCUUUCAGUAUCUGUUGUAGCAAUUAAUGGUGUAAGCUUAAUUAUUAUAAAAGAAUCACUAAAAAUGUCGACUGCUCCUUCGAUGUAUUUUAUAAUCAAUUUAUUGAUAGUGGAUAUAGUACAAGGAAUCUUUGUAAUUCCAAUUUACGCCAUAAAAAAACUAAAUAACCAAAAUAGAUUUUGGGAUGGUAUCAUUUGCAAUUCUUUUCGGUUUUUAUACAUGACAACAUACUAUUUGUCAAUAUUUUCCGUUUUAUUUAUAGCUGUCGAUAGGUACAUUGCUAGCACAUAUAUUUUUAAAUAUAAAACAUUGAUUAAAGUUGAAAAAGUAAGAUUUAUUAUAAUUGCUUCUUGGAUUUAUGUUAUAGCACUUUGUACCAUUCCAUUUUAUCACCGCAAUUCGUCAAAAGUAAACAUAACUCGAAACAUUGAUUAUUGUUUAUAUCGUCAAAAUAGUUUGUGGACAACAGCAAUGCUUUUAAUUAACUGUUUUUUGCCGUAUUUCAUAAUAAUGUAUUUAUAUAAAUGUAUUUAUAAAAAAUUUCUAAGUUCUGAAAAAGAAUCUAAUAUUAGAACAGUUACAUCCGUUCGGUCCCAGCAGAGUCUUAAACAAUUUGAAGAACAAUCAAAAGUUAACUCAACAUUUAAUAAAAAUACAAAAAUAUCAGAACAAACAAAAAACAUUCUGAAAGUUUCUAUUUUGAUAUCAAUUUGCUAUGCCAUUUGUUGGACGCCAUCGGUUAUUUAUUAUGUGCUAAAUAAAUUUUGUCCUGAGAAAUGCUUUACAACAACAUAUAUAAACUCAGUUAAUCAAACCUAUUUAGAAUUUGCAAUAAAAUACUUUGGAUUUUUAAAUUCUCUUGCUGCACCGAUGAUCUACUGUUUUUCCUUAAAAAGAUUUAGAUUUCAGUUUCGUAAUUUAAUACAAACUUAUUUAAGUGAGAAACGGUUACCUAGUAUUUAAGUUAUUGUUAAAAGUAUGCUUAGUAAUAAAUUUUUAAUAAAACUUA